UGCUAUAUUACCCGUCACCCUUUGCUCUUCCGGCCAUGCAAAUGCUACCUCUUCGCACUGCAACUUCGACCACAGGUGGAGCGAGGAUGGACAAGGAUCAAGGGAAGAGGGAAAUGGAAGAGCAGCUCGAGAUGGUGACCAAGGCCUUUGUGGAUCACUACUACAACCUCUUCGACACCAACCGUGCCGCGCUCGCAUGCCUCUACGACCAGACCUCCAUGCUCUCCUUCGAGGGGCAGAAGAUCCUGGGCGCCGACGAGAUCAGUCGGAAGCUCUCGCAGUUGCCGUUCGAGCAGUGCAACCACUCCAUCUCCACCGUCGACUGCCAGCCGUCGCCGUUCGUCGGCGGCAUCCUCGUCUUUGUAACUGGUAACCUCCAGCUCGCCGGAGAGGAGCACCAGCUCAGGUUCAGCCAGAUGUUCCAGCUGAUCCCGACACAGCAGGCGAGCUUCUUCGUGCAGAAUGACAUAUUUCGCCUCAACUAUUGUUGAUUGAAGCAGGCGAGCUUGUGUAGUCUCCGGAAGUCAAGACUGCCAUGUCAUGAACAGAAGGGAGGUGCCUGGUUUUAGAUGUCCUCUCUUCUAUGGUGUUUUUGUGGAAUUGAAUUCCACUGAAUGUCUUCAUGUGGAUUCAAAGAUUUAUUCCAAUAAGUUUGCUUGUGUUUGGUUGAAAA